AUGACAACUGAAUUCAAGAAACUACUAAACAUCGACAACCAUCCCGACCCUCCAACCCUACGUACAGCAGGCACGUGGGGUCUCUCAGGCAAAAUCACGCAUCAGACCAUCACAGCUGCAGCAGUCGUUGUAUCGGCUGCAGGCUACAGCGGCCUUCUCAGCCUCUAUCACUACAUCUUCGUCAGCCAAUAUGUCUUCACGGUGUCGAUGCUCCCGCAGCUCUGGCGACUCUUCACAGCGUUUCUGAUUACGAAACCGAAGUUCGGCAUCCUGCUAGACCCCUACUUUCUAUACCAGUACGGCAGCUCCAUCGAGCGGGAGUCGCCUCGCUUCAAGGAUCCAGGCGACUUCUUCGUGUACACUUUGUUCCUCGGUAGCGUCAUUGUCGCAACAGCAGGUGGCAUCCUAAACCAAUACACCUUCCUCCCGUCGCUGUCGCUCGCCUACGCAUACACGUUCGCCCAAGAUAAUCCCACCCGCUCCGUAUCCUUCUUCGUCAUCACCUUCGAAAGCAAAUACCUGCCCUUCGCUAUGCUCUUCAUGGCCUUUGUCAUAGACGGUCCCGAUGCCGCUCUCGGACAGCUUAUGGGUCUCCUCGCCGCACACUUGUACGACUUCCUGACAAGGAUCUGGCCUACGUUUGGCGGUGGCAAAAACUACAUUCGCACACCUGAGAUGGUGAAGCGCUGGUUCGGUGCUGCGCCGGGCAGCGUGCAGAACAGAGGAUAUGGGCAUGUUGUGCAGGGACGGGGAGGUGCUGCACAGCCUAGUGCGGCGAGGGCGACAGGCAAUGCUUGGGGUGGAAUGGGUCCCGGGAGGAGGCUGGGGGAAUAG